GGAGCAUUAGAUGGCACUUAUAUAGAGGUGACAGUCCCCGAGUCUGAUAAGUCAAGAUAUCGAACAAGGAAGGGUAAAAUAUGUACUAAUGUCCUAGGAGUGUGUAAUCGAGAUAUGAGCUUUGUUUAUGUACUUAGUGGAUGGGAGGGAUCGGCAUCUGACUCAAGAAUACUUCGAGAUGCAAUCACUCGUGGUAAUAGUCUCAAGAUACCUCAUGGUAAUUACUAUUUAGUGGAUGCGGGUUACACAAAUGGUCCUGGGUUCCUAGCACCAUAUAGAGGCACUCGCUAUCAUGUUAGAGAGUGGGCUCAAGGAACACGUGCACCUCGCAACUACCAGGAGUAUUUUAAUAGAAAGCAUUCUUCUGCUAGGAAUAUCAUAGAGCGAUGCUUUGGAUUGCUUAAGAAGAGAUGGUCAAUUUUAAGAAGUCCUAGCUUUUACCCUAUAAAAACACAAAAUCAGAUCAUAAUUGCUUGUUGUCUGUUGCAAAAUUUUAUUCGGAAGAACAUGGAUAUGGAUCUGGAAGAGCAAACUAGCUUCUUAGAUGAAUUUCUACCCGUCGAAGAGGAAGCACCAGAUGAGUUGAUCGAUGUGGUUGAAAAUACGAAUGAGUGGACACAAUGGCGUGACAACAUUACAAUUGAGAUGUACGAAGAGUGGCGAACUAGUCGUACGGAGUAGGAUAGAUUA